AGUUACCGCUACUAAAAUAGCGGUAGCAUUUAAACGUCCGCAUUUUAAGUGGCGAAACGAACCAGAACCCACAUAUUCAACCCAGAUUUACGCGAAAAACCCGUAAAAAUCCCAAAAUCUCACCUAUUUUGAGCUUCUAAUCUUCUCUUGAUCUCACCCACUUAUCUUCUACACUAAUUUGGAGCUUCAAAGUGUGUGAUAUAUUGAUUUAGAAGAUGAAAUAGGGAUGGGGGAAGGUGAGAGUGGAAGAGGAAGAAGGAAGAAGCUGAGAUAGUGAGAGUAUUUUUUUUUUACUGUUUUGUAUGUUUUCUAUUUGGGGGGUAUUUUUGGAAUUAUAAAAAAAGGGGAUGGUGUGAAUAGUAAAGAGAGGUGGUACAAAUAGUCUCUGCCUAAUAUGUAUAGUUCUGCUGAAAGAAAUAUGUUUGUGUAGCAUUUUUUAUUGUUUUUUUUUUUUGCAGCUCUUGUUUUAUGGGAUGAGUGACUCAGAGCAGAGAGAUGUCACCCUCAGGAUUAAUGCAUCUGAAGAAGUUGUUCUCAUGGAUCUACUGAAAUUUAUGUACAGUAAUACCUUGAAUAUUGCUGCACCACCUGCACCUGCUUUGGUGGAACUGCUUAUAGCUGAUAAAUUUGAAGUUACUUCAUGCGUGAGAUACUGUAGCCAGUUAUUGCAAAAUUUGCCCAUGACACUUGACUCUGCAUUGCUUUACCUUGACCUUCCGCAUACCAUCUUAACGACUGAUGCAGUCCAACCACUCAUUGAUGUUGCAAAACAGUAUCUUGUUUGCCGAUACAAGGAUAUAACCAAGUCCAAGAAAGAGGCUAUGGCCUUGCCUCUUUCUGGAAUUGAGGCAAUUUUGGCUAGUGAUGAUCUUCAAGUUGGAUCAGAAGAUGUUGUAUAUGACUUUGUAUUAAAGUGGGCUAGACAACAUUACAAUAGUCUGUAUGAAAGGAUGGAAGUUCUGGGUACACGGCUUGCACGUUUAAUUCGCUUCCCUUAUAUGACUUGCCAAAAGCUUGAGAAGGUUUUAACCUGUAUUGACUUUAGACUUGCAUCUAAGCUCGUACGUGAAGCCUUAUUUUUCAAGGCAGAGGCUCAACAAUCACUUGGAGCUGAUGCUUCUUUGAACUGUGGGUUUGUGGAGAGGGCGUAUAAGUGGCGUCCUGUUAAGGUGGUAGAAUUUGAACUUCCCCGGGAACAAUGUGUGGUGUACAUGGAUUUGAAGCGAGAUGAGAUUGCCACUUUGUUUCCAUUUGGCCGUGUGAAGUCUCAAGAAUUCCAUUUGGGUGGACAAAUGUUUUUUCUAUUUGGAGAGUGCAGCAGGGACAACAAUAACCCUUCCCAUCACUUUGCGAUGGGUGUGGGAAUGAGGAGUAAGUGUUUAGGAAGUAUUGUUGUGGACUAUGAAUUUGCUGCAAGGUCUAGGCCAGCAAAGGAGGAGUUUCUUAGGCAGUAUAAAACCCAUAAAACAUUUACUGGGGGGACGCGUGCCGGUCGUAACUUGUUUGGGGUUCCAUGGAGUGAAUUCAUGGCUGAGGAUUAUCCUUUUUUCAUUAACGGUGUUCUCCAUCUCAAAGCUGUACUCACUAUCAGAGGUUGA